AGUAUAGAUUUUUGGAUUUCUUUGCAACGCCAGUUCCAAAUUCAUUCUCCAAAGUAAAUUAUAAAUGCAUAACUGGGAACCUCGCUUUAAGCUCUGGCUACAUCUAUAUGUUAAAAAAUAUGCCGAACCAAACCCAAGGUGUUAUGGAGGUUCCUGCAGAUCACUACGAGGAAUUUCAUGAAAACUAUAUUCUCAAGAUUACUUACAAAAUCCUAUGAUUACGGGGAAAUGGUGAAAAUUUUGAUUUCUUAGGAAUUUAUGGGAUUUGUUUUGCAAUGCUAUUCCCUGAAUUAGCACCAGUUAUAACAAAUUCAAUUGUAACGUCACAGGGAAAUAGCCUAACCCCGAGAAGAUUCUUUGUGUUUGUAUAGGUAAUAGCAUGAUUUGUAGUGAUAUUUGGCAUAAAUACCACGAGUGAUAUUUCGAAAUUGUUGUAUCACUAGUGGUAUUUAUGCCAAAUAUCACGUACAAAUCAUGCUAUUAUUUGUUUAUACUACUACCCGCAAAGGUUUUGUAAUUUUCACAUGUAGGUAUUUCAAAUUAAGCUGAAAUACCACUGCUCUUAGCCAAUCAAAUUGAAGAAAUUUUUCNUAUCACUAGUGGUAUUUAUGCCAAAUAUCACGUACAAAUCAUGCUAUUAUUUGUUUAUACUACUACCCGCAAAGGUUUUGUAAUUUUCACAUGUAGGUAUUUCAAAUUAAGCUGAAAUACCACUGCUCUUAGCCAAUCAAAUUGAAGAAAUUUUUCAUGUAGUAGUAUAAUACCUUGUAUUCAAGAUAAAAUUUAAUUGUUUUGCAAGAUCCAUAUGUGCUCUUAUGUAAAUUACAGAAAGGAAUAGUGAUCAUUGACAGCCCUGGUGUUGGAGAAUCUGACGAAAUGGAUGAGAUAGUGAUUAAGUAUCUGCCUGAAGCUUUUGCUUUUAUAUAUGUCGCUAACAGUACGAUUGCAGGGGGAGUCAAAAAAGACAGAGUAAGUACCUGGAUUAUUGUGAGUCCGUUCCAGGAAUUUACACGGAGUGAAGCUAGGCCUGUCCCGCUUGCGCUCAUAAAGUGCUGGAAAGUUGCUUCCUGGAAUGCCAAAACGUUGCUAAGAAAUUGCCAAAAAUCCAAAAAUUUAUGCUACCCAAUCGUCUAAAGUUUCUACCUAAAUCUCUUUAUAUUUUUCUAUAAAAGUGAGUUAAAAAGCUCUAUUUUUUGUUCUUCGCAAUAACUACUCACAUCAGUCAAGAACUGAUAAAGUUUGAAACUUAGCUUUAAAAAGUUUCUCACUUAAAUGGACGAAUUUUAAGCGAAUUUUAAUACGUUGUAUGAAAAUAAAUCUUUUUCUUUAUAAUUGAACAAAAUGUGUAUUAAAGUUUUUUUUUUAUUCCAGUUUACCUUCUACAGGCUGCCUUUCAGGCCUCUUAGGAUGCCGAGAGCCCGUAAGCAACACUAUCAUACUAUUUUAAAUUAUUCAUAUGGCAAAAAUUUCAGUUCGACGUUGUACUAGAAAUAUUCUUUGCUCUAUAAAUGAGCUAAAUGAGCAUUUAAUGUCACUUUUUUUAAGCUUACCUUUUCCGUUUUCUUGUGUUUAAUUUAUUUAUGCUGACUGCGUUUCAGGCCUGUUAGGCACGUUUAACUAAUAUGCCUUAUCAGCCCUUCGAAAACGUUUUCAAGUUGGGAAGGUUAUGUGUUCAAAAGGUUGAUAAACGUUCAGGAAAUUCGCAUAAAUUGAAGUCUUCUGUGAAAUCGUUGACACAUGCUUGAUUUGUGCUCUAAACCUAGAUUUUGCUCAAAAAACUUGCUCGAGGUUGCUUGAACCGCAGCAAUUGCUUCAAACGUCAAAAGUUGCCGAGCACAAUCGGGACAGGCCUAAUCGAAGCUAAGAGUAUUAACUAUUCGAUAUUAGUGGAAACGGAACAAUUAUUCUGGAGAGAAAAAAAAAACUAAAGGGCCCUGAUUCCAAAGGGAAUUCCUUAAAAACGUACUUGGAUUAGGAAUCCUGAAAAACUGUUCUUAGAUUUAAGCUAAUGAAUCCAUUCGGAAGUUGGCUUUUUGGUUCCAUGGGGUUAGAGUUAGCCUAGUGUUAGUUCUAACAGCAAAUCGUGUUUGGAUUCUACAAUCAACAUUUAGACUUUCCGAAAGAAGCGAACCCUGAGAAAUUUUAUAUUGUGUUCUCCAGAAAAAGAAACACAUCUUAAGUUUUGUUAAACUCAGUAGUACCAUUUUUUCUUUACUGGGAAAUAGUCAAUUAAUUCACUUAGAGCUGGUGAUAGCUAAAUAAGUGAAUAGCAAACGGCUAAGUUUAAGCGUUUCUUUCAAGUUAUAGUAAGCAAAAGGAAAUGUAUGAUGUCUUGAUUUAUCGUUUUUGAUUGGUCCGAUUGCUGCUGUAUGUAUACAGUUGAACAAAGCCAACAACAAUAUUGUGAGGACUCAUGAAAUAUUCUGACAAACCAAAAGCUAAAUUGAAGACGUAAACGCGUGUGACGAUAAAGGGUAUCAAGAUUACUUAAAGAUGAAAGGUAACUUACUAACCUUCUGUUCAAAUGUCCCAUGGGAACUCUCAUAUAAAUGAGCGGGGAUGGUCGUCGUCUGGUUUACGAAGUGCAAAUUAAUUGCAAAUUUCAGUACCACUUGGGGUCUUCAAGAUGGAAUACCAAUAUUUUUACGAGGUCUGUACUUCUCCUUUCCGGCUAUUUGGUUGUCUGUUUUAGAAUGGUAUUUUUCAGGGUCCAUGUCAAACCUGAGCCACGCCCUUAUUGGCCUCCAUCCGCGGUGUUAUUCCAAUUUUCCAUUAAACCUCCGCCUAUUUCAACGAAGCUCACCCGGAACAAAUUUUCGCGCCCCAAACUGUUACUCUUAUCCCCUUUUUGUCGCCUGUUGCUUCGUAAUAAUGAAACUUAAGUUAUCGUGCCAACGUUAAUUUUUACUCACAGCUUGUAAAACUGCUUCAAAGCGCGAGGGAUGUGUCAAUCGAGGUGCCAGGAGAAGGAAAAGAGGAUGGGAAUCUAUCGCUUGAUAUACAGGAACGUCUGUUAUCCAAGUGCGCUUUGUUUGUGUGCAACAAAUGGGACUCCGUCCCGGAGAAAGAUGUGCCAAUCGUUAAAAAAGAAGUUAUAGAGAAACUCCAAAGGGUCUGGCCUGGUGUUGAUCCCGAUUCACAGAUCAUUUACAUGUCAACCACGAAAGCUAAUAAAGCUCAAAGCCUUGGUGUUAUCUCCAAAGAAUUUUCCUCUUUAAUGGAAGGAUUGAGGUCAUUGGUCUUACAAAGUAUAGAAGCAAAGCUGGAACUUCAUUGGGAGUAAGCUUUAUUGUGCAUGUUUUGUCCAUCCUCACUGUGAAACAUUAAAUGUCACAAAAUAUUUCAGGGGAAACGAUUGAAGAAUAGUGCACCAUUUUUGUGAGAGGAGGAGUUUCCGUUUAGUGCUCGUACACAAUUUAAAUGUUAGUUUUCAGGAUUGAUUCCACCUGCGGAUUCACACGUUUGAUUUUGUUGUUGUGGGAAGGGGAAGGCCCCGGAGGGGGGAAAUAUAUUUUGGGGAAAAAUAUGGAAUUUAGCGACAUGGUUUCGGAUGAGGGGGGCAUGUCAUUUAUAGACCGGUAAUAUUUUAAUUUUUAUUUUAAUAAAUUUUGCCCCCUAGGGAGGACCCAGGGUUCUGUUUGUUGUUGUGGGAAGGGGGAGGCGCGGGGGGGGGGGGGGGGGAGGAGGGGGAGAGAAGAGAGUAAAAGGUAUGGUUUGUUACAGGUUUGACGCUGACUAUUUCUGGAUACCGGAAGGUAUUUCAUGUGACACACUUUUCGGCUAGUGCUUAAACUUGAAAUAGUUGUUCUCCCACCGAUACCAUCUGCACUCGCUUUGUUUCUUCGCGCUUCCCUUUCGGUGUCGAAGAAAUGUGCAAUAUGGUAAUUAGGAUGAGGAGAAUUGAACUAGAAAUAACUGAAUCAGUAUGAGUUCUCUGCAGGCUAAGGCACCAGCUGAGACAACUGAAAAGAAACACCUUCCAAAAUAGUCCGUUUGAAACCAAAUCCAUCCCGUGACAACAACUUUUAUGGCAGAUAUGUUUAAACGGAUCAAAAGCUAUAAUUAUAAAAAGAAUAGUGCGGCUGCAGGAGUAGUUCUCUUUUUUUGUUGUUGACUUUUUAACCCUAUAUCAAUCCUGUUGACCCGAAGGAUUUUCAGAGACAUGGAAACAUGACUGUGUUUUAGCAAGUGACAUGAAUUCAAUUUGUUGAAAUUUUGAGAAGGAACGUCAAAGAUAAACGUUUUGCCAAAAUUUCCUAGUACAAAUUUUUCUGAAUCAAGACUGAAAUAUUUUUUGUUAUAGAUGGCUUUACAAACUUCUUUCGAGGAUUUUCAUUCAAGCAAAAGUGUUUGUGGUAAACGCUGCAAAGAGCCCCCAGGAAAUCAGGGAAAAACUGGGAAAAAUUUUCAACCGCCUAGAGGCAAUUCAAAAAGAUCAAGGGAAAGAGAUAAAAGACCUCCGCGAAUCUUUCAGAGAACAAGUUAACAGUGUUGUGCAUCAACUCUUGCAACAUCUCCUGUCAGACGACAUAAAGAAACGCUUUACAAAGUGGUCCAAAGAAGACGCUCCAGAUGAGGAUGGGUCCUGGAAGGAAGUUGAAGAGAAUGUAAACGCCGCUUUGUCCAGCCGUUUUCUAGAAAUUGUAGAUCAGUGGGAAGAGGAAAACAAAGUGUUUUCAACUACUCGUACUUUCCUCAUGGAGCAGUUUCAAGAUUACUUUAAUAAUGUCGAAUUCAAAUUACAGAAUGUUCAAAGCGAAGCCGCAGAUGACGGCUCCAGCAAUCCAAACAAGGUAGCCUUUAGAAUUCAAAUUUCAUUCUGGCAGAAAGCUGUUUGGAACAUGAAGAAUUUUAGUCUUGGCCUCGGUAGAUUGCUUAUUAAAGUACGCAAUUUGAGGCUAGGAGCAGCGAUCAAAAGCGCUAACGAGUUGGCUUCAAAUGUUGUAAAAAUCUUGUACAAAGAUUUAUUAAAAGACGUGUCUAAAGACAUUCUCACUGACAGUAUGAAAAAGAAGCUUAAAGCGUUUGUGGAAGACAAAUUAAACGAUGUUAAGCUCUAUCUUGAUAGAAUCGAAGCUCGUCUGCAAGAGAUGAUCAACGCGGACAGGCAACUUUAUGAGCAACUAAGUAAACGAUCGGCUCGCUAUCAGCCUUUGUUCUAUGUGGCAAAACAGAACAGGGAUCAACUGGCAAAAUUUGGCUUAAGCGAAGUUUGUGCUGUAAAAAUCGAUCGCGAGGAAUUGGAGUGGAAAGAAGAAACGUCUUCCUACCUUGGCUGUGGAUCAUUUGGUGCCGUUUACCAAGGAAAGAUGAAAAAAGAUGGAGAGGUAAAAAUUGUGGCCUUAAAAGUGUGGAAUGAGGCGCUUGAUGCCGCAAAUGCAAAAGAAAUCAUGGAGGAGAUAAAAAAUUUGAGGUAAUGAUUGUACACUCACUCAGGUCCGAAACAGCUACACCUCCACAUAUACAGAAUUUUUUCUAUACAUUUGUGUUAGUACAGUACUUGCCUGUCGUGUUCCUCGGCAGUAUCAUAAUAAUUUAUGGUCAGUUUCCUUGCAGAUUUUCAGCGAAAAACUGUAGUUGAAAUCUAUCGUCCGACGAGUGUUACAUAUUUUUGUUUAUUUUUGCUACCAGUUGGAGUCCGUGCAAGUUAAGUAAUUCGACUCUAUUUUCGAUUCUUCUAUAGCUGCUGUCGGUGAUCUCUCUCGUCACAUUGUUGAGUUCUGCAUUUUUGACGAAACAGCUAGGUUGCCACGCCACUGUCUUACGUGACGUCAGUCGUGGAUAACUUUUGCUGAUAUUCCAUCAGUUAUGAUUGACGUCAAUGAUAAAAUACCGUGGAACUGAAUCGAUAUAACUAAGGGCCAAAGAACUCUAGCAACAUGUGCUAAUGAUAAUAAUUAAUAAUAAUAAUAAAAUAAUAAUAAUAAUAAUAAUAAUAAUAGUUAAUCAAUCAAUUAAUUAAUUAAUUAUUAAUGAUUUAUUUUCGUCUUUUCUGUUAAUUAGAGUGUUAAACCACCCUCACAUUGUGAAGUUUUAUGGCAUAUUACUUGACAAAGAAACUUCACAAAUGGCUUUGGUCAUGGAAAGGUGUAAAGGAAACUUAAAGAGCCACAUCUUCAGCGGUCCAGAGUCAGUUCCUGGCAAAUCUGAAAACCCCGCUGUCUUCAGAGACGUACGCCGUUGUGCAAAAGAGAUCACCGAUGGUUUGGCUUUCAUGCAUGCGAUGGGAGUCGUGCACAGGGACCUCACGUUGGAAAACAUCUUGGUACUUAUCGUAUAAGAAUACAUGUAUUUUUUCACGAUUUUUUGUCUUAUAAGCAAUUAUUGGAUGAGGUUUUUGUGAUAUCCAGAAUAAUCGAGGUCGAGGUAGUGGUUAUCACCGUAGCCGAAGGCUGAGGCUGAUAACCCUUACCUUAUAUUGAACGAAAAAAAAAUUCUUUUUAAAGAAUAUUUCAGUGCCAUUAAGAUAUUGAAAGUAUUUGAAUUAUACUCGACUUACCUCAGAUCAGGCCGAAUUUUAGUAAUUCUGAUACUGCCUCUCUGAGGCAGUAUCAAAAUUACUAGGUCCCACAAGUCAACAGGUACGAGAGAAUGAAUGGACAGUCCACAAUUCGAAUAAAACGACGGUUAGCUCUGUGACAGAAGACGGAUCGAAACGCACCAAUGAUAUUAGGAGUCUUCGUAGCUAGUAACAUCACGGCUGAACUGACAGACGACCAAUAACAUCUCGAAUUAAUUUGCCAAUCAGGUCAAUACCCAGAGUUUGAUACCAUGAAUUGACUUGAUACAACUCACUUUGACUCCGAAGAUGACCAACGCACACUGACAGGUUGUCGAAAAAAGGUCAGUCACUGUCAACAACAACAGUCCUAUUCAGGACUACGUUCACCCGUAUGAUCAUGCUCCACCUUCUAAUUAUGGACUGUCUCGCUCUCUUGCCCAUGUCAAUUUCAAUUAUUUCCAGCCUGUAAAAUAAACCCUGAUCUCAGGUAGGCUCGACCAUAUGAGUGCACCCAAAAUUACACUGCUUUGUAAGUACUUCACGUUGCGAUUUUAGUGAGCGGCCUGCCGCCGUGAAAAGUGCUGUCGGUUCACCAUUAUUGUUACUGAGAACCUGUUUACACGAGUCCAGACUAAAACGGACAAAAAGUUGCACGGAUCCGUCUUUCGUUUUCAUGAGACGCGCGGAACUGUGCAAUUCAGUUUUUAACAGCAAACCGUACUGCAAUCUGUAGCAUAUUUUUUUCAGGCUCUCUUUUCGCAACUGCUUAUGUUGCGUCUAUAACACCGAUGAUCUUCUUUCAUAUAAUCCUUUAACCUGCAGUUCUCAUAUAUGAUUUUUAUAUAUUCAUAACUUCGUCAUCAUCCUUUCAGGGGGUUUAUAACGAACCAGCACAAUUGGUAGAGCGCUGCACCGGUAUCGCAGGGGUCAAGGGUUCGAAUCCUGUUUAAGCCGAAUUUUUUUCAGGCUUUCUUUUCGCAACUGCAAAAGUUGCGUCUAUAACUGCGUUGAUCUUCUUUCAUUUAAGAAUUUGCACGGUUCCGUAUUAACGGGUUGCACAGGUGAAAAUCCGUCCUUUAAAAAUUUGUCGGGACGCGCGUAAAUGGGGUCUGAGAGAAAUGAAGAAAAAAUUAUAGUCACUGCACUCUUCUAAAAGUCUAUAUUCCUUGUCCCAUUAAAGCUGACUGACGAAAACACAGUGAAGAUUGCCGACGUGGGCCUGGCUAAAGCAGAAAUAGACAUCACCGGUACCUAUACGGGAACACCUGUUUAUAUGGCACCUGAAGUGUUCCAUUCCCAAGUCUACGGCACCAAGGCAGACAUCUACAGCCUGGGGCUGUUAAUGUGGGAGAUGUGGUAUGGGCAACGGGCCUUUGCUGACGCUCCAGGAACUACACUGCAAGCUUUGUUUGAUUGGAUCGAUAGAGGUAACCGUCCAGUGGACCGGCAGGGCUGCAAGCAGCCUCCAUCCUUCUGGGACGAGCUGAUGACAGAGUGUUGGGACAGUAGUCCAGAGAAACGCCCCACAGCCAGAGAAUGUAACCAAAGAAUAGUCGAGGAAUCAGUGGAAACUACUAUAUAA